UUGCUUUCUCACUUUUUCCUUUCUAUUCAAUCCAUUCUCCAAAUUUGAUUCUUAAAAUCACUUAUUCUAUAAAUUUUCUCUUUGAGAAUGCGUUUUGCAACAAAAUAUAAAGGUUCAUCAAUUCUGAAUCUACGUGCCACUCAAGUUCAUUCAAUGCAAUAUUCAAGCUUAGACAAAGAGCUUGAUUUGUUUCAAAAACAUGUAUCUGAUAGGUUCAAUGAACUAUCAUCUAUUUCAAAUGAUAAUUUCUUAUCUCUUUCUUGGGUUAGAAAGCUUCUUGACACAUUCCUUUGUUGCCAAGAGGAAUUCAAGAUGAUUUUACACAACCAUAGAUCAAUGGUCUCUAAACCUCCGUUGGAUCGAUUGGUGAAUGAUUUUUAUGAGAGGAGUGUCAAAGCAUUGGAUGUAUGCAAUGCUAUUAGAGAUGGUGUUGAACAAAUUCGACAAUGGAAAAAAUCGUUAGAGAUUGUUCUUUGUGCAUUGGAUCAUAAAAGAAUCAUUGGGGAAGGCCAAUUUCGUCGCGCUAAGAAAGCUCUUGUUGAUUUAGAAAUUGGUAUGAUUGAUGCUAGUAGUAAAGAUUCUAAUAAUGUUUCUUCCUUUGGUAAUAGAAAUAGAUCAUUUAGUAGAAACAAUGUUAGUAAAGAUAAAGAUUCAUCUCAAUUUGGUCAUUUUAGAUCACUUUCUUGGAGUGUAUCAAGGAAUUGGUCAGCUGCAAAACAACUACAAGCACUAGGGACCAAUCUUUGUUUUCCUAAGAGUAAUGAACUUGUUGCUACAAAUGGUCUUGCAUUGACUAUUUAUGCAAUGAGUUCAAUUUUAUUGUUUACAAUGUGGUCACUUGUGGCUGCAAUUCCUUGUCAAGAUAGGGGAUUACAUCUAAACUUUUCGGUUCUACGGCAGCUUCAAUGGGCGGCUCCAAUGAUGUCAUUGCACGAGCGGAUUUUGGAGAAGUCGAAGAAGAGGGAGAGGAAGAAUUGUUGCGGACUUUUGAAGGAGAUUCAGGAGAUUGAGAAGUGUGCUAGGGGGAUGAAUGAAUUGGCUGAUUCUUUGGAAUUUCCUUUGAGUGAAGAGAAAGAAGAGGAAGUUAGGGUUAAAGUUGAAGAUGUGGUGAUUGUUUGUGAAAGUUUUAAAGAUGGAUUGGAUCCUUUGGAAAUACAAGUCAGAGAAGUGUUUCAUAGAAUUGUUCAUGGUAGAAUGGAAGGGCUUGAUUCUCUUGCUUGAGAGUAAUAAAAACAUUAGAUUUAGAUGCCAUAAACUUGAUGGAAUAACCAUAAAAGAUUUAGUUAUGUAAAAAAAAACCUUAACAUACAUAAAUUGUAUAGAUUUUGUAACCCAAAAAAAAUAGGUAUAGAAUUUAGGUUUGGAAUUAGGCCUUCGUGGUCUAUGCUCUUUGAUUUUGUCUCUUGGUUUAUUGUCUCAUGAUCUUGGUUACUGGAUAA